AUGGCACGUGGAAACACACUGCGUUGGUCGCGGGCCCUGCUUCGCUUUUUGCAGUUUGCUCUUUCGCUUGUUGCGCUGGCGACUGUUUCGCGAGCUUUCGUAGGGACCUCGUACUAUGGGUAUUCGAGUAUGCUGGGGAGCCGAGCGGCGACGUAUACGACGCUUGUGACGUACACGGGCAUGCUGGUGGGACUGUUCCUGCUGUUGCUGGUGGAGGUGAUGCGGGUUUACUCGCGUCCGACACCGCGUUGGGUGGAGCAACUGAUUGACCUGAUACUGGCUGCCAUGCUAGUGGUUGCGGGAAUUGUGCUGGUUGUGUCGGACUAUGUGUCGAACUGCUCAGUAUACGGGUACAUGCUGCGUUGCAACCAGUUGAAGACAGCAGUCGUCUUUACGUUCCUCGCAUCCCUGGCCUAUUUCGUGUCGUUUCUGGUCAAUUGCUGCGAGUCUUUCAUGGGCUCUCGCGAUCACGACGGAGAACACAGCGACUCGAACAAUGCCGCAGGCCACGGACGUCCGAUUGCAGGGUAUGCCGCUGAGACGACGCCGACUGGAGCCUCGACCCCGAAAAAUGCUUCCAACCGCGUGUAA